UUUGUUGUGGUCGCAGCUGCCGCUUCGCUCUGCGCGCCGCGUCUCGCCCCUCACCGCCUCUCUGCCGCGCGGCGGACGCGCAGCCGGAGCGCCCCGGUGGUUUGCGGGUCUGUGCGGGUGUGACAUCAGAUCCGCUGUGAGAGACUCGGAGUUUGAGCGGCGGAGGCUCGGACUGAGGAUGCUGCUGCCGGACCGGACCGCCUCUGAGGCUUCCUGAACCCGGAAUCCCGCAGGAAUCAUCGCUCCUGCUCCGCCUCAGACCUGAGCGGUGCUCCGCUGCCUCUCUCCCGCAUUUGGAGCUCCUUCUUUGCAGGACAGCCGCGUUUCUUCAGGAAUUACGCCGAAGCGUGUGUGGCUGCCGAGCCCAGCCGAACCGAGCGGACCGCGGGGUUCGGGUCUCCUCCAUGAUGCUGACGGGCCCUGGGAGGUGCCGCCGGCGCCCGGGCGGGGCAGUGCGGUGCCUGGCGUCCGCCUGGCUGCUGGCGCUGCUGCUGGCCGGGCCGGAGGCUCGGGCUUCCUACCAGCCGCAGAGCGGGGAGUGCAAAGGCAGAGGCAAGGAGUGCUCAGAUCUGUCAGAGAAGAAGAGCGACCUGAGAGUCUGCGACGUCUCCACCUGCCGGUACGGAGGCGAAUGCAAAGACGACGGCGCGCAGCUCAAAUGCGUCUGCCAGUUCCAGUGUCACAAAAACUACAUCCCGGUGUGCGGCUCUAAUGGAGACACCUACCAGAACGAGUGUUACCGACGGCUGGCGUCUUGCAAGCAGCAGAGAUCCAUCUUUAGAGUCCAUGACGGGCCCUGCUCCGCCGAUCCCGGUUCUGGUUCAGGAGACGGAGACGACGAUGAGGGCUCGGCCUCCGACGUCGGGAAGAAGUUCACCAAGUGCAGCACCUGUAAAUAUGGAGCCGAAUGUGAUGAAGACUCCGAAGAUGUCUGGUGCAUAUGCAACAUCGACUGCAGCGGCCACAAUGAGAACCCGGUCUGCGCCACAGACGGAAACUCGUACAACAACCCGUGCCUGGUCCGGGAGGCUUCGUGCAUGAAGCAGGAGCAGAUCGACGUCAAACACCUGGGACGCUGCCUCGGUACGGUUACGGCACUAAACACAUCUGAAAACGGCCGAAAGACAAAAGGACAGACUGAGCCACAGGUUAAAACCACGGGUCUGGACCAAGGCGAGGAUUUCUACGCCGGCAUGCCGAUCCCCUGCGCUGACAGCUACGCCGGGUUCUGCGUCCACGGGAAAUGUGAGAUCAAGUACAACAUGGCCACCUGCAGGUGUGACGCCGGGUACAAAGGCACGCAGUGCGACGAGCCGCAGGACUUCAACAUCCUGUACGUGGUUCCCAGCGGACAGAAGCUGCACUACGUCCUGAUCGCCGCCAUCAUCGGAGCCGUGCAGAUCGCCAUCAUCGUCGCCGUGGUGAUGUGCAUCACCAGGAAAUGUCCGAAGAACAACCGCGGCCGCCGGCAGAAGCAGAACCUCGGACACUUUUCCUCGGACACGAACUCCCGGAUGGUAUAGCCUCGUUUCCGGACGCUUCUCUUUGACAAGUAUUUUUCUUAUAAGGCGGGAAUGCCGAUUUUUUUAACAGUCAGUGGGACAUUUUUUUUCUCCUGGGGGAAAAAACAAUAGAAGAAGAAUAAGAAUAUUUAUUUAAGAGGCCUUAUUUUUCCUGGUGGAUUUUUCUUUUCCCAGCAGCUGAAUCAACCGCCUGCGUUUUGCUAAAACCUUUCCGGUAAACGAAGCAGCGUCUGGAAUGUGAUAUUUAUUCAUUUUAUUCAUGAAAAUCUUUCCCCGCCUGUUCUGCUCCUUACUAAUGACGUGCAGCUGAUCACCAAACUAGUUUGUUUUUAGCGUUUUGAGGUGCCGGCCAGUCCAGUAGAUUAUUCUUCUUUGGUUUGGAAAAGGCUCCAGUUUCACUAAGCUAAUAAUUUAUAAGGAUUGUUAUCAUUUUUUAAAGUAGUUUUUACUGGAGGUUUUUACGUUUUCCUCGGUUCUGGCUUGUAGUUCUUGUAAAUUAGCAUGACUUGUGAAAACUGUGUACUGUGGUGUAGUUUAAACUUUUUACCAGGACUCCGUCUGGCUCAUCUCCGUCCCGUCGGUGCUGAACGGAAAACCUCGCGCUCCGUGUUACACGGUGAAUGUCAGGACCUGCGGAGGACGGUUGGACGUUGAACGGAUCAGAGGCUGGAAUGUUUCCUGCAUCCUUGUUCGUAUAAACGGGGAGCUGAAGAUUAGAACUAAAGACUUUUUGACAUGGAGGAAGUUUAGGGUCUUUGAAUGUUGUGAAGAGGUUUUUUAUUAUUUUAAUUUUGCAUUUUCUUCUCUGUGACACAUUCCAAGCACAUGGAAACCCUCUGAGAAAUUCCCUUUGGGAAUGUGUGAAGCCCGCUCUGCCGUUUCCUGCUGGUAUUAACAGGAAUAAAAACGUGUCUUUAAGAUGUUAGUGGUGUGCAGGUAACUUACUGCCUUUUAAUUUAAUUUUUGUCGUAUUAACGUUUUGACGUCUUGAGGCCAGUUCUUGGUUUCUGUGUCCGUAGCGAUCCCAUCGGGUCGAUCUGAUGUAAGUCAUUGUCCUUUUUCAUGUUGUUCCCAAUAAACAAACGUCAGAUCAUCGUCA